AUGCCUAACUUGACAAAAUUAAAUAUUAUGAGGACUCUUUCAGAAGCAGAGUUUAAAAAUCAGUUCCCGUUUUUUGGCGAAGCCUACGAUCCUCUUGACCCUACUGGGAAUAUUACAAUCAAAUGGGACAUCAUAAGUUGGACUCCUGAUGGCUAUGUCGCUGUUGUCACGAUCUUCAACUUCCAGCAGUUUCGUCACAUUCAAGCACCAGGGUGGUCACUGGAAUGGACAUGGGAAAAGAAGGAGAUAAUAUGGAGCAUGAUGGGAGGCCAAACAACAGAGCAAGGAGAUUGUUCAAAAUUCAAAGGAAAUGUUCCACAUUGUUGUAAAAAGACUCCGACAGUUGUCGAUUUAUUGCCAGGAACUCCUUAUAACCAACAGGUUGCAAACUGCUGCAAGGGGGAGUUAUCAGCUCAUGGGCUCAAGAUCCAGCCAAUGCAGCAAGUUCCUUCCAGCUUAGCGUUGGUUCAGCUGGAACUAGUAAUGAAACAUCCAAAAUCACCACAGCUUCCAAGUCCAGGCCAAAAGAACAGCCUUACGCCUCUUGUCCAAUGCUCAAGUCAUAUGUGCCCAAUCAAAAUUAACUGGCAUGUUAAGCUUAACGACAAGGAUUACUGGCGGGUUAAGAUCACCAUUACAAAUUUGAAUUAUCGUAUGAACUAUACACAAUGGAACUUAGUUGUCCAACACCCCAAUUUCGACCAUCUGACCCAGGCUUUCAGCGCUAAAUACAAAUCAUUAGCUCCUCAUUCAACUACUAAUGAUACUGCCAUGCUGUGGGGAAUUAAGUCCUACGAUGAUGUACUGAUGCAAGCUGGUCGUUCUGGUAAUGUUCAGCUAGAGUUGCUUUUCCGAAAAGACAAGGCACCAACUUUUACUUCCCAGAAGGGCUGGGCCUUCCCUCGGAGAAUCUAUUUCAAUGGUGAUAAUUGCAUCAUGCCUUCUCCGGAUGCCUAUCCCAUGGUUGCCUAG